GCUAUUUGUUAACGCAUCAGCGGUCAAACCAGUUCCGGAGGGGUGAGGACUGCGGAGUAUGACGUCACGAGCGCGGCGACCACUCACCGCGCAAACCACACACGGCUCUCAACUACCGCCUCAUACAUACCUAAAUCCUUGUAAAAUAGCAAAUUAAAAUAAGUAAACGUGAAGCAGGAGUUUUCUUGAAGAGUCAACCCCUCAGCUGAGCUGUUCGUCAAUAACAGCUCCGACAAUUGGCGACCGUGACCGGACUGUACCAAUGUCCGCGUACCAUAAUCUAAAGGGAGAUCGACGGGCGAGCGGAAUAUUCCAGACGGAUUGCAACAAUUGCACCUGCAUCCAGUGAUCGUCAUCGCAAUUAUACAGGAAAGUAGCCCAUCCUAUAUUUUCCUUAACACCUUGUGAUCAAUUCCCCUUAAUUUGUGUGAAUAUAGUGCUCAGCCCUCAGUUUUGUCUAGACCUUGAAGUGCUCAUAAUUCGUGAUAAAAUAAUAAUUAAUCAGUGCUAUAGCUAUCAAAAUCGCUGCUUAUUCGUUACUGUGCAUAAAGUUAAGAAAAGCCUACUUGCAUUCAUGAACUACGUAAAUUGCGAGCAUUAAAUAGGUGUAUCUACUCAGUGCGAUAAGCGAGCGUCCAUUUUGUGUUGCAUCAGCUUUGCAUAGCAACUGCAUUUAUUCUGCAUUUAUCUUACAAAAUCUUAUAUUUCUUCUUCAUUUCAUAUCUUGCUUUAGGUAGCUACCUUGAUUAAGGUAAUAAAAUAACUACACAUUAUUUGCUAUAUACAAAUCUCAGUACCUUAAAUCUAGUAUAACAAGAGAUACGUUAAAAAAUAUAUAUUUUCAAUCUUUUAGAUAAUUUAGAUUAUUCCCUAAAUCAGCAAAAUAGUGUGUUCUUUAAACUCAAACGGUCCUAACCGUGCAUUCCAGUGAUUACGAGAGUUCUGCGCUCAUUCCUGUGCCAAGCUGUGAGUGUUGUCGUGCACGGCGUACGCGUCGCGUCAUAGCUUGACGUGCACGUCACGUUACCUACUUCGCUGCAAAUCAACGUGCCGGUGGACCAGUUGUGAAGACUUUUAAUUGGGUUUGAGUGCACAAGUUAUUCUGUCUAAUUAUUUAUUUGCCCUUGAUUAAAUUAGUGUGUUUAGUUUAGAUACUCGUAAAUAACUUAAAAUGUCAGAGGAAACUUUAAAAGAAUUAAUACGUCAAAGAGGCACCUAUAAGGGUCGUGUAACAAAAUAUAAGGAUUAUCUUUCUAAUAUACAAAAAAUAGAUCGUUCAAACAUAACUUCAUUACAAAUUAAAGAAUUAAGUCUUCGAUUGGCUAGAUUACAAACUUUAUUUUCGGAAUUUGACUCGAUUCAAACACAAAUUGAAAUGAAAAGUGAUAAGUUAGAUGAUCAGAUGGAAGAAAGGGACGCCAUAGAAACGCAGUUCAUUUCUCUCAUCUCAGCCACGCAAGAGAUAAUUGACUCUCAUACAAACAAUGAGGACCGUGGUUCCGAGGGUGCACGAACAGCCCAAUCGACUUUCGAGACGGGCCCUGUUAGUAAAAUUCGUUUACCGACCAUUUCUCUCCCGUCUUUUGACGGAAAUUACUUAAAAUGGUUGGAGUUUCGCGACACCUUCGAAGCCAUGAUCCAUGUGAACGAGUCCAUUCCUGACAUAAAUAAAUAUCAUUAUUUACGCUCCUCGUUAGAGGGCAGUGCCAGUGUCGUAAUAAAAUCACUUGAAUUUACAGCUAAAAACUACAAAACGGCAUGGCAAUUACUGUGCGAACGAUUUGAUAAUAAAAAUCUGCUUAUAAAUAAUCACAUGAAGGCAUUAUUUAACAUAGAUCCGCAGACUCGAGAAUCUCAUCGGUCAAUUCGAUUUCUUAUUGAUCACAUUACAAAAAACCUAAGCGCCCUUAAAUCUUUAGGCCGCCCGACUGAUUCAUGGGAUGACGUAAUCAUCUACUUAGUCGCAAGUAAACUCGAUCCCACUACGUCAAGAAAGUGGGAAGAAUAUAAGGCUAACUUAACAGACUUGCCUGCAUUAUCCGAGUUCUUGAAAUUCUUGCGCACUCGGGCCGAUGUACUUGAAACAAUGGUAGCUUGCAGGAGCGAUAAACCAGCCGAAAAUAAAUACCUACAGCCUAAGGCUACUAAGGCGUUUGUCGCUGCUGCAACUGCAUCCCGCAAACAACAAACACACUUUAGUAAGGCGCCGCCACCGCCAACGUGUCCGGUGUGCCACGGCGCGCAUAGGAUCUCGGAGUGUGUCAAGUUCAAGGACAUGAACGUCGAAAGUAGGUCAAGCGAAGCCUUGAAGUUACAUCUUUGCUUGAACUGCUUGAGGCGUGGUCAUAACGUCGAGCAAUGCCGCCUCGGUUCGUGUCAGGUCUGUAAGGAAAAACAUAACACAUUAUUACAUAAUUAUAAUCAAUCAUUAUCCUUACAGGCUAAUAAUAAAACAGCUGGCCCGGCGCCCGUCAUUAGCGCGGCCAGCGCGUGCGCCGCAAACGCGAUAGCGGAUCGGGAGGGCACUUUCUGGUGGGGCGGCCCAUGACUUCACUGCCGUCACCCCCCGUUUGUCUUAAAAACCCUGAUAGGUACCAGAGGAUCGAGCAGCUGCGCCAGCAUUUCUGGCAACGAUGGCGUAACGAAUACUUGGCCGAGUUGCAGCAACGUACCAAGUGGCGCCAGAGGCAGAAGGAACUCAAGGUUGGAGACCUAGUGGUGUUCAAGGAGGAGAACACCCCGCCACUCAAAUGGAGGCUUGGGAGAGCUCUACACCUCUAUCCAGGAGCUGACGGAGUCUGCAGGGUAGCAGAUUUCACCACGCAGAAGGGCGUGGUCAGAAGAGCGCUCAACCGAGUGUGCCCCCUCCCCUGCAUGAACGAUCUUGAAAACAGCAGCUUUCAAGGGGGGCAGGGUGUUAACGCAUCAGCGGUCAAACCAGUUCCGGAGGGGUGAGGACUGCGGAGUAUGACGUCACGAGCGCGGCGACCACUCACCGCGCAAACCACACACGGCUCUCAACUACCGCCUCAUACAUACCUAAAUCCUUGUAAAAUAGCAAAUUAAAAUAAGUAAACGUGAAGCAGGAGUUUUCUUGAAGAGUCAACCCCUCAGCUGAGCUGUUCGUCAAUAACAGCUCCGA